AUGGACGACGCAUACAACGUGCCCGACAGUACCGACUGGCUCUCCACGUCGUUGAAAAGUCUUGCGCCGCUGGAGAAUGCCCUCCACUGCCAGAUAUGCAAAGAAUUCUACGAUACCCCCAUGAUCACGAGCUGCAACCACACCUUUUGCUCGCGAUGCAUACGCACGUCUUUGUCCGCAGAUGGGAAAUGUCCGGCAUGUCGCGCUUCCGACCAGGCCAGCAAACUGCGGAACAAUUGGGCCAUCCAAGAGGUGGUCUCGACCUUCCUGGAAGCAAGACCGACGGUGCUGGAAGUGGCGAGGAAGUCGAACGAGGAAGUGGAGGCAACAAUGAAACGCAGGAAGCGCAAACGUGCGGUAGCACUGGGUGACGACGAGGUGGAAGCAGUCGCAGAGAGCGGAGGUCGCACGACGAGGGCAAAGAGCCGGCGCAUAGCUGCAUCGCAAACCUCGCAGCAGGACCCGGUGGAGAUUGAAGAUAGCGACGACGAGGGUGCAGAAGAGCUCGGACCGGAUUCACCUGCCAAGGACGGGUUGGUAGAAUGUCCUUUGGGAUGUGGGAAGCGCAUGAAGGAAGCCGACGUCUUCAAUCACCUGGACAAGUGCGAGGAUGAGAAGAAACAGGCCAGUCGAGCCAGCUCAAGGACACCACGCAAUGGUCUUGUCUCCUCGAGGCCACCUGCUGAUCAAGGCGCGCGUCCGCAGGAUCGCAUCAACGAGCUCAACUACGGCAUGUUGAAAGAAAAUGCGCUGUCGAAGAAGCUGAAGGAGCAGGGACUGCUGGGGACUGGCUCAAAACAGCUGAUGAUCAAUCGACAUCGGGAAUGGGUGAACAUUUGGAAUGCGAAUUGCGAUUCCAACAGUCCCAGAUCAAGACGAGAGCUGUUACGGGAACUAGACGUAUGGGAAAAGACCCAGGGUGGUAAAGCACCACAAGGGAACGGCCUUUCACACGCCGUGAUGCGAAAGGACUUUGAUGGAAAUGCUUAUUCAAAACGACAUCAGGACGACUUCAGCCGACUGAUAGCCGACGCAAAGCGGAAGAAACACAACCCCAACUCUACGUCGCAACAUUCUGGAGCUGCCAAAGACGUCGGCGAGAAUAGCGCUGAAGUCGAGGCUGCCACGCAUGGAGACGGCAAGAGUAGUCCUUUGAUCACUCCGGACUCGCUUCCGCUGACAGCAGACGAGCAGGAUAUGCAGACGUCGCCUACUGAUCCGGACAAGGAGAAUCUAGUCGACCGCAGGCCAUAUGAGACCGAUCCCACGGCCCUUUCCAAUCUUCAGAAGAAAGUGCAAGCCAUCAAUGACGGGCAGGAUCCCACGCCGGUGUUAAACGAAGGCUUCCAGAACCCGGGAACUGGUAUUUUCGUUGCGCCGGGACAUCCUAAAGAGUCGCUGUCGUGUGGCAACCCGGAAACACCCACCAUGUUCAAUGACCCAAUCGAGCAAGUCUCCGAAGAAACAGAUCCUAGUAGGCUUUCACACGUGCCUACAGCCCCUGCGGAGCCUGUCUCCCUGGAUACCACUGAACAUGCCGUGAGAUUUGGCCGUGCAGAUAGCAGAGACGAGCAUUUGAGUUCACAUGUGGGCUCUCCUUGUCAACUCUCGUCGCAUGUCCUACUAUCAAGCCAGCCGAAGCGAAUGCCCAUGUUUGCUAUGCCGGAGCAGCCGGUGACCGACGUGGACCUCGACGCCAAAUAGUGGAUGUGUGCAAGAUUAUUAGUGUAUGGGGAACAAACGGAAUACAGAACGAUGGUACCUAGCUCUUGGCCAGUGGCCAAGCGAGUGGAUGAACACGUGCAUAACCUCGCCGUCGGGUCUAUGCGUUAAGGCAUUAUCAUUAUACGACCGACAGUAUCCGCCGUGCCUAGCAACCUCAAACCCAAUCUCACGCCGUAUCUCCACGGAAUCAUCCCACGAAAGAGUCUGAAGCUUCCCAUCAAGCGUGAUGAUGAAGGUCGACCUCGGGAGUUCUUGCUGCUUUGCCAAGCCGGCAAUUGAGAUGAACUUUGAUGAAUGUCUAUGCAAAUAUGUACGUCUAAUUACAUACGUCGGAACCCCAGGAUGCGCCAGAUCGUCAUUAGACAUGCGAUCAACAGCCCGACCGUCACGAUACGAACAGGACAUGGUAUUUUGAGCGCACAUGCAUUCUACCACUUACUACAAAUGGUCGUCAAUUGGUAGAUCGAAAAUGCCUCUCUCCAUUCACCUUCAGCAAAAGUCGUCCGGAUGACCCCCGAGACAUCUUCAAACUCUCGUGCCGAGAACUAGUAGGUACUGGUCGACGGCGCCACAUCCUAAAUGAGACUACAUCUCGUAAAUCCCACCUAUCGUAGUCCCUUUCAUCUGGAAAUAGAUUGCGCAUGGCAGGCCUGCACCAUCAUCAGUUCAUCACCUGGUCAGAAUGCCAUGCCUCACUAGGAUCAGGGAUCUACACGAACAACAGACCGCCCUUCAUCUAGAGCUGCGUGUAAUCCUACAAGAGAACUGACCUGCCCUGCUCUCUGCGUGAAAUCUCUUCUUCCCACGAACAAGGACAUCGAUCGAAACAUCAAUCUCAUCAAACAUCAAACAACUUUGAUCGCUUAAGCUCAACCAACCAAACCAACCAAGCAAACCGACCACUCGGAUAAAAGAGAAAAAGAAUGCAUUCCACCACCACCCUUCUCACCGCAGCCGCCACGCUCCUGGCCUCCACCGCACAAGCCCGCAUCGUCGGCUUCUACGCGCCACAAAACGCUGCACCCAACGCAGAUGUCAAAAUCGAAAUUUUCACCGAGGGCUACCCACAAACGAUCAACGAUGUCGCCAUCUCGUUUGGUCUGACACCUCUCGAGUCGUUGUUCAUGGGCAGUUUGGGCACAUAUGUCAGCACCAAGGCAUUGGGUCCUGACUUCUCCAACGUCGAUGGCAACAUCACACACAUUAUUCACAUUCCCGCAACUUUUCCCGUCGGUCCCGCGGUAUUGCAGGCUUCGCACUUUUCUUUGACGGGAGCGUCUUCGACGCCUGCGACGGAAAUUUAUUAUGCCAAUGUGACGAUUGGUGCGGGAAAUCAGUUUCCUUAUACGACGAGUGCGAGGAUUCCGAAUCCUAUGUAAAUGAUGGUAUGGAUUGAGUUGUUCAGAAGAAAAUAAUGUUGGAUAGGGAUGGAUGUAGGUAGGAGGGAUAGGGAGAGGGGCAGGGGAGGGAAGAGGUGGAGGAAAGAAGAAACAAAAAGCCGUAUCUUGUAUAUACACAAUACCCC